CGAUUGGACGCACCGCGGCGAAAGCUUUAGGGAAGAGGAUCAUCGAUGCCGCAUUCGCUCAUCGCUGGAUCUUUGUCGACUCGGGAGUUUCUAACAACACCAGAAUAACCACCCAUCCAAGCUACUCAGCAAAUGCACGGUGCUGGUCUUCACGCGCAAUCAAGCCCCCGCCUCCCGGACCCUCCGUGCUGAACGCCGUGGAAGAAGAUGGGUCAGUUGAUAGGUUGAAGCCCUAAUGCGAGGCAUCAUCGGCACCAUCAUCAAGACCAACAUGCCGAAGCGGAAGCGAACGCUCGUCCCACCCCUGGUGCUGGGCCAGCUUACCUAUUCCCGCUACUGGCAAGACAUCCCACCCGCCCAAUAUGAUCCAAUCACGUAUGCCAGGUUUAGAAUCGGAACAGAACCGUACAAAGUUCACACGGAGCGAUCAAUUGUACAAAGCUUUAAGAGAAACGUGGGAAUAUUGUCUCGUGGACUGGGAGCCUUUUCCCAUCGGAAAAGUGCGGAGAAAAUCCUCAACAAAUCCAACUUAAGUAGAAAUCCUUUCUGGUCCGGCUGUCACCUGUUUUUCUGGAACGAAACACCCUCCACCCCACAUGCAGGCCACUCGGGCUCAUGCAGGUCCCCGUGCUGGCCACUCGGGCACGCGGGGACCAUUGGGAAUAGUGGGCAGGACCUGCCUAGUGAGUCUCCGCGGAGUCUCACGGUCCUGUUUAGGGUCCUUCAUGCAUGUUAUCAGUCUGGCUCCAGGCCCAGGAACUGCGUGGGCCACUCGGGCUCAUGUAGGUCCCUGUGCUGGCCCUCAGGCACGCAGGGAUCACCGGUUCUGUUCAAAGGCCAGGAAGCAUGACAGAUUGCGUGCACGGAGGUCGUUCCUUCUUUUAUACAUCGUGCUAACCCGCUAGUCUCUUGUUAAAGGCAAGCGAUUACUUCGGCGCUUUGUCUACAUGGCUUGGGAGCCCGGAAGCAACUACAUUGCAAACACUAGCGAAAGUGCAAUCAUCCGCCGAGCUGAUCUCGGCAAAGACUGCCGAAACACAUAGUGCCCUGGUUGCAUAGCAAACAUGGACCGGCUGUCUGGAAACAAUGCAGAGCGAGGUAGGUGCUUGUACAGACACCCAGUCUUUUCAUACGGGCCGAAAUAACCUACUCCUGCUGCCGCAUAGGAUGAGGAAGAGCAACCCCCGUUUCCAA